AUGUAUGGAAACGCUGGUUGUCUACGCGCAGUGUGGCAUUUGGAGGAAUCGAGAAGGGUCUUUGAUGCAUUGCCGGCCAAGAACAUCGCGUCGUGGACGGCGCUCGUGAGCGUGUAUGCCGAGAGUGGGCAUCCGGGUGAGGCCAAGACAGUGUUCGAUCGAAUGGCGGUGUGGGACGUAGCUUCCUCCACUGUGGGUCAAGGCGCUGGGCGAUUGCGGGCGGAUUGGAUCGAGCAAGGCGGUUGCAGGCGAGUGGGCGAUGCGAAGGCCGCGUUUGAUUCCAUGCCCGAGAAGAACAGCAUCACUCGCGCGGUGAUGCUCGUCAUGUUUGCGGAGAAUGGAUUCGUGGAGGAGGCGGAGGAUGUCUUCCAGGAGAUUGUCCACCGAAACGCGAUCCUCUGGGGGGCGAUGCACUGCUGCUAUGCCCAAAAUGGGGAUUUGAUUCAAGCCAAGAGUUUGUUUGAUAGGAUGCCUCUGCACAGCAUGCUUUCGUGGACGAUUAUGAUCAAGUCAUACGCGCAAAAAGGUGACGCUAAUCAAGGAAAACAAUUGUUUGAAGCAAUGCCACACAGAGAUCUUGUUUCAUGGAACUCGAUAAUCGCUGUUUAUGCCCAGAGAGGUCGUUUCAAAGACGCUAUACGAGCGUUUUCUUUGUGUUGCUGCUGGGAUUCCUAUUCAUGGAACACAGUUCUCGUGGUAUACGCUUUAGAUGCAAAUAUUUUUGAGGCAAAGAAGACGUUUGAUAGAAUACCAACUUGGAAUUUGGUCUCCUGGAACACGAUGCUAGCAGCAUAUGCCCAGACCGGCCAUGCGUAUUCUGCGAUCCAGCUCUUUUGGGCGAUGUUUCUUCACGGCUUUGACCCCGACAAUGCAGCGUUUGCCAUCGUUUUGACGGCAUGUAGCCAUCUGGGGCUUGUCAAGGAAGCAGUAAGCUACUUCAUGGCAAUGAGCUUUGACAAUGGAUUGGACCCUUUGCAAGACCACUACACCUGCAUUGUUGAUGCUCUAGGACGGCUAGGGCGAUUGGAAGAGGCCGGGAUGUCCUGGAGAAUAUGCCUUUGCCAGCUGAUGGAGUUGCAUGGGCAACGUUUCUUACCGCGUGUAAAAACCACGGGGAGAUGA